AUGAGCAAAUCAGAAAAAAUAAUUUACUUAUUAGUAAUUUGCUUUGCUUUUGCUAGCUGCAGAAAUACUACAUGUAAUAAAUACUAAGACAAGUAUGCUCUUAAUCAUACUUUUUACACUGGCUACCUAGAUGUAGGGUUCAAUGAUAGUGUUACUGGUUUAGCCUUUGUGUUUUAUUCUAAAUAAAAUGCAACUACACCAGAAGAAAUAGCAGCUGCUCCUACCCUUAUCUGGUUAAAUGGAGGUCCUGGCUCAAGUAGUAUGUAUGGAGCUUUCUUUGAAAAUGGUCCUUAUAGAGUAUUGAAUAAAAGCAAUGAAAUGGUUGUUGAAUAAAACCCUAAUUCUUGGACUCAAAACUACAACAUGCUUUAUAUCGACUAACCUAUUGCAGUAGGUUUUUCUCGUUCCGCUAUGGAUGAAUACAAUCCAGUUAACGAAGAUUAAGUAGCAGAAUAAUUUUAUAAAGGACUUCUUAGUUUAUACACAUCUGGCUGUUACAGUGAUGUUAUUUAUCAUAGCUCUCCUUUGUUUAUUGCUGGUGAAAGCUAUGCUGGAAAAUACAUUCCAAAUAUUGCUGCAGAGAUUCUUAAAUAAAAUAAUUAAACUGAAAUUACAGGAAAUUUAAAAAUUCCUCUUAAAGGUAUUUCAAUAGGUAAUCCUCUAUUAGAUCCCUAACAUUAGCUCUAUCAACUUGGUUAAUUCGGCUUAGACAAUAAACUCAUCUCACACAGCACUUACUUAAAAAUUAGCAAAAUUUUAAUCAAAAUGAAAAAAUAUUUAGAUAAAAAUAUGUAUGAAGAAGCAGCAGAUGAAUACGAUAAUGCUUUGUAAACAUUUAUGAUGAAUGGAUUGGUUCCUUUAGAAAAUCCUUUCAAUUAUAAAACAGGUCCUUAUCCUAACGAAUUUAUAAAGUAAUUUUGCUAAAAAUAUAUUUAAAACUUUGGUUUCGACGAAGAUUUCGUUUUCGAUAGCUCUAGCUUUUAUAUUUACUUGUCUUUAAAGCAUGACGUAUUUGCACCUAAUGGUAUUCCAGCUCUUGUAAAUGUUCUAGAAUAAAAGUUACCUGUAAUAAUUUACAAUGGAAAUAAUGACAUUAAAGUCAAUACUCCAGGUAUUUAAUAUGCUAUCAACAAUUUUGAAUGGUAUGGAAAGUAAUAGUUCUCAUAAUUACCAAUGCUAGAUCUUAAUAUGACUUCUCCAUUUGGCCAAGUAAAAGAAAUUGGUUAAAUUAAAUCAUUUGAUACUUUGACUUUUGCUAUUGUAUAUGAUGCUGGCCACCAAGCACCAUACGAUUAGCCUGAAAGUCUUAGCUUUUUAAUCGAAUCAUUUGUAGGCUAGACUCUUUAGUUAGAAGCUUCAAAAACUAUCAAAGAUGAAAAUAAAAACAUUUAUCAGCAAUGA